AUGGAACCGGUUCAAGUCUCACAUGCCGCCACGCAUACUGGGACAUGCGUGCGCAGGCGCACAAGUGCACAUGUUCUCGAGGUGGUGGAGGCACGUGGGUUUUACAGUUAUUCACUUGUUGUGCCUUUCCGUCUGACUGCCCUCGAGAGAGCGGGAGAGAUGCAGUCCCCACAAGAGACAGCCGACACCUAUGCACCUACAUGCAUCUGGAAGCAUACACAACUCCCCGACCCUCUUCUCCAAUCCGUCUUGCCCACAUACAACUUCACCUUCUCUUCUGCCUUUAUCAAAUCAUCUGCAUCUUCUGUCGGUCUAACCCUCGGCACACCCUCCACGUCUGCCCGCCUUUGCCUCCUUUUCCGGCGGACUCUCAUCCCCACUCUUGCUCAAGAGCCCAGCCCUCUUCUCUCCACAAUCCCUUCGGCUCAGGGCUCUCACGCACAGGCGCUAACUUCUGUCGGGCUCCUAUUAAAAUUUACUGCCUUAUCGGAUGAACUGGUUGAGCUGACUCGAUUUCGAGCGUUGGGCCCUGGAUGCUCUGAGGAUGGCAGCGGUUGCAGAUUAAAGUGGGCCAGGCCAAACAGGCUGUCUCAGGCCCCUCCUACUCUUCUCAUACAUGCCAACUCGGGCUCACACAGACACACAUGGCUGUGUGCAUCAUCAGACCUAGCUGUAGGCUGGAUGACCUGCCGAUUCGGCAAAGGAUAA